UGAAUUUGUUUUCUUGUGUUUAGUUCCUGUACAGUUUGAUGACCCAGUAACACAUUCACCUUCAGCCAUUAAAUCUUCAUACAUCAUGCUUACUCCGAAACAGAAACCAGAAUCCGAUAACAGUAACAGUAGUAACAGCAAUGGUUGCAGCAGUAAUGGUAGUAUCAACAAUUCGCAGCAAAGCAAUAAACCUACUAAACUAGAUUAGGUACCAGAUCCAAAGGUUACUCUAUUCAGAAGAGAACAGAUACAAUUAGGGCACAGUAAGAUGGGAGGAGCAGGGUCAGGGAUGUGGAAUAUGGGGAAUACAUGUUAUUUAAACUCCACUCUACAGGCUUUAUUCCAUAUUCCUGCUUUUGCAAACUACUUGAGACAGGGUGGUCAUGAGUCGGAAUGCAAUUUAUCAGGAUUCAGUAGUUGUACUAUCUGUAUCUUGACCUCGACUCUGAAGCAAACCCUGCAGGGGGGUAACGUGAUGAAACCUACAAAGCUUUAUGAGAAAUUGAAGUUUAUUUGUAAACAUCUAGUUCACGGCAGGCAGGAGGAUGCUCAUGAGUUCCUUAGGUAUUUAGUGGAGUCCUUACAACGGUGCUAUCUAAUAGCCCGGAAAGUACCUAAAACUAUUGAUAAUUACUCCAAGGAGACAACUCCAUUCAAUCAGAUCUUCGGAGGAUAUAUGAGACAGGAGCUCCAUUGUUUGAAGUGUCGUCACGUGUCAAUAACAUUUCAACACUUUAUGGAUCUUCUCCUCGAUAUUAGAAACUCAGAUAACGUUGACAGCGCGUUGUCUGGAUACUUCAAAAAGGAGGUGUUGAGUCAGGAGGAUAUGUACAAAUGUGAGAAAUGCAAGCAGAAGGUCCCCGCCUAUAAAAUAUACAAGAUGGAACGCCCACCCCUUGUUCUCUGCAUUCAACUUAAGAGGUUUAAUAUGAUGGGAGGCAAGAAUGGACGACCUGUUACUUUGGCCAAAACUCUUGAUGUCUCCAAUUAUGUCAGGUGGUCUGCUAGUGCAGGGCUUAAGUUCAGAUAUCGUCUUGUAUCCCUAAUAAACCAUGUUGGUCCUUCUCCGAACUGUGGACACUACACGGCUAUUGGAGAAGCCCCUAACGGAUCUUAUUAUAGAUUUGAUGAUUCUUCUGUCAACCCGAUUUCAGUUCAGAGUGUUGUAAAUACUUCAGCAUAUGUGAUAUUCUACGAGAUGAGUCAAGAGUGUAGGGAUGCAUACCUGAACAGAUCAACUUCUAAACUAGCUUCAAUAGGUCCUCAGCUACCCCACUCGUCUACAAACAGCAAGGUUUUAUCCUCUAAACCUACCAACCACCAGCCUCUAGUUCAAGCAGUUCAACCUCAAGUCAAGCCUCGACUUAUCUCAGACAUGGUCAAACCCAAGCUUAUCGUAGAGCCUUCGCCCAAUAAGCCGAAAUUAAUACAAGAAUCGACAGCUGUCAAGCCGAAACCGAAUACAGAAAGCCCCAAGUUAGCGAAUGAAAAUAAACUCGGAGUGGUUCUGAAACAGUCUUCAACCAAGUCUAGUCUAACCGGUCUUGUUCCUUAUGAUGGAGAUGAUUCCAGCUCGGAGGAGGAAUCCGCCAAUGUUAAACUAGAGAACGCGGGAAAAUCCUUGAAUGGAGAAAAGGCGGGAAUUGUUGGAUCAGCUGCUGGGUCCCUCGCCAACCGGAGCAGUACUGGUAGCGGGAUUCUAUUCGGAUCCAGCUCAUUCUUACCUAGAGCUGUAGCACAACAGAUUAAACGGAACAAAGAUCCUGAAUCUGUCCCUUCUUCACCUUCUGUACAGAAUAAGGGGUUGAGUUUAUAUGAUGAGAAAGAUUUAAACCCUGGAAGUAAGCUACAGUCCGACCGGCCAUCUAGCGGCCAGAUACCGGCCAGCGGUCAUGUACCGGUCACUGUGAAACGGUCAGAUAGCAUUGACGCUACAAGUAGUCAGGAACGUCUAGGUAUAACUGUUCUUGACAAGGAAUCCCAUAAUCCUUCAAUACACAGCGAUAAUUCAUCAGGGUCAACUCAUAGUUUUACAGUUACAGAUAUAAGAUCCCCUACUCCCACCACUAGCGGUAGCGGAACCGCCAGAUCAUCAUCAUCUAGCGGAACUCCGCGUUCCUCUUCCUCUAGCGGAGUCCAGCGGAACGGAUGGACUGUUACACCGCAGACUAAGCGGGAGCAUUCUGUUCCUACAUCCAGUGCCAGGGAUACAGGUCUGGAAACCGGCGGCCACGCCUCCCCGUCCAAGAAGGUUAAGCUCGAGCUAGAGAAGGAGAAGAUGAACAGGAAAAGUGUUCUCGAUGACAUGAAACUGAAAACUACGGAAACUCUUCGGGAGUUUGGUAAAGAUGUGAUAUCGGCGGGGGCUCGGUUCAAACAACAAUUUAGAUCGAACAAGGUGACGGACAAGCUGCUGAAGAUGGGUAGAAAUGAGGAGGAGGAGAAGGGGAGGUUGGGCAGGUCCCAGGAGGAGGAGAAGGAGGAGUCCAUUACAUCCUGCCAACCUUCAACUUCAACAGGAAGCUCCAAGGCUCUUGAAUCCGCUGAAAAUGAUGAGGAAGAUGAUAAAUCCGACGAAAUGCGGAAGAAGAAGCACAAGAAAAAGAAGAAGAAGGAUAAGAAGAGAAGUGCCGGCUCCGACACAGAUGAUGAAUGGGAAGAGAAAACUAAGGACAACUUGGAAAAGUUCAAGAAUUCCGAAAAAUCAGGGAAAAAUCCAAGUAAAUCCGCGAGUUAUCGACAGAGCCCUGACCGGGACCACUUAGAGAAGGGUCAAGGUGACCGGCCACAGAAGCUCUCCGGUUGGAACCCCGAUGCCCCGGUCAGUAAGUGGGAUAGUAAACCCGACAUGAAAGCAAUUGGAAGGAGGUUCAGAGCUUGA